AUUCAAUAGGGCUGGACGCGAACGUAAAAUAUAUGUCCAUUAUCAUGGUCAAAUUCUCGCUAAAAGCUGUCGCUCUAAAAUGGUAUUUCUUCAGUUGUCCAGGAUCAGUGGGACUGUUCGUUGAAUGUUUUAAUCUUUUUAUGAAACAACUUGGUUUCAACCCAGGACAAAUUGGAUUGACAGCACUGUUCGGAAUACAGCAUCUACUCAUACCACUGUGUCUGCUGUUCGGGGAGAAAUUUCGAGCAAGAAAGAUUGUCGCAGUAUGUGGUACCUUGGGAGCAUCAGUAUGUUGUAUGUUACCACUUUUAUCCCUGGUUGUACCAGCACUUCGGCCGACAUGCUAUACCAAACCAUACAUAGCAUUCAAGUCUGCUAGGAAAGCGAUACAACUUAGAAACGGAACAGUGCAUUUGAACUAUUCAAGCUAUGCAGUCCGCAGCAACAAGAAGCACUUUACAUCGACAAAGUCUCUUAAAGCGGUACAACAACAUAUCUUCAUUAAUAGCUCGGUCGAUAUAACCGCCAAUAACCCAUCUGCCUUCAUGAUCCACCAUACCAUUUCUCAUUUGCCAUUGAACAACCCACUGAAAACCGUGUCAGUGCAUUCGAAGAAUUCCAACCCUACUAGAACCGGCAUAACCGACUCGAAACCACACCAUUCCAAACCAUAUUUAACAUCAACCCACACUCCAUCAAUACAACAAGCUUCCUCGCGCCAUAAUGGCCAAAUGUUCUCGAAGUACUCGAAGCAAAAAACACGCCUAUCUGUCUCUAAGAUUCACCAUUCCUCAAAAUUUAACAACACCUUAUCUACACAACGUAUCCGACGGAGUUCUAUACCUUCAAACUAUUCCAACAAUCCAGCCAAACCCUCCUCCAAGACUCACAAUUCACAGUCUUCGCUAAGUGUUUUAUUUCUAAUACUGAUAAUCUCAAGAUCUCUGACGCAGUUUUUUGAUCGUAUAGAUCUAUCUUUAGCAAACCUAGCCACAAUGACUUUCAUUCAAGGAGGAAACGGGAGUUAUGGCGUUUAUCGUAUGUGGACCUAUAUAGCAAGCGCUCUUUCUAUUCCAUGUGUCUCUGUGCUAGCUUGGUACAUUCGGAUAAAUAUCUGUGGAGUUGAGAAGUAUGGGUAUUUCAUAGCUUUCAUAUGGGGAGGAAUUAUGUUCUUACUUUCGAUGCUAUCUCUUCCUUGGUUUAAGUUUGAGUACGAGAAAAAAAAAUUCACCUGGUCUAGAGUUAAAUCUGAUGUUUUUAAUGCGCACUACAUUUUUAUGUUCGUCGUUCUGUUUUAUGCCGGACUGUGCAUAGCGUUUCAAUCCUAUUGGGAGUUUUGGUACUUAGAUGGAUUAUCUGCAAGCCCGUUAUUAAUUGCCGCUGCAGGUUUAGUGAGAAGGCCAACAGUAGCGAUCUCUGCGUUUCUUUCAACUCAUGUGAUAAGAAAGAUUGGUGAAUUAAAGACGAUAUGUGUGACAAUGUUUCUUUAUGCGUGCUCGUAUUUUGCGCUGUCGUUCGCAAGACUAGCUUGGUUGGUUGUCGUGAUUGAUACAUCUCAAGCGGUUGCUCUUGCUCUCAAUUACUGUGCAUUCACUGCAAUUUUCUACAACGCUGCAUCAAAAGAAAACUCAAGUAUGAUCCUCGGUAAGUGGUAACCAGCGCGUCCUGAUGUGACCAGACAGCAUCGUCUCUUAAAUAUCUAUGAUGCGUAUCAUCAUGCAGGUGCACUUUUACGUGCGUGCAUAUCAUACAGACACAUUAAUAACCUAACUCCCUCCCCCCCCCCAGAAUAUGGGCCACUGAUCUAAAAAUUAUGGCUGGAUAAAGUAUCCUUUUGUAUUCAAUCAGUCAAUUUUUAAGUCAGAAUAUUUAUAAUGAGAUGUGACUUCAAAGUCUGUCAAAAUUUUCGGCAAAUUUGCUGCAUUGUCAAGCAAAUGUCUUUUCCCAUGUAACUUGCCCACACCAAAAUGGCCGUCAUUGGCUUGAUUCAUGCCACAGAGUACUUACAUGCAGAGGUCUCACUUCGGGUUAAUUUUGCGCAAGGGAUUUUUCAGUCCGCAAUGUUCUCAGCCAGUGCCCUAAAGACACCGCCCUGAAAACAAAUUGAAAUUUAAUGUUCCAGGGGGGUGAAUGCCUCUCUUUAAGACACUUGCUAAGAACAUAGCCGCCAGAUAUACGCCGUGAAAACUACUUACGGUUUUCCCGCAGUGAGAGCUCUAUAUGACGUACUCUGUGGUCCAGCACUAGUCUUGAGAUCAGUGAUGUGAGGUAAUUUCCUCCUGAAUUAUUAAUGAUUUGAGAUAAUUGGUUAAAAAAUUUUCAUGCUGCUUUUAGGCCUACAAGAGACAGUUUACGCUGUAGCAUUUGAUGCCGGAUCGAGUCUGAUGGGAGUUCUUUUCCACACCUUGGGCACAAGGCUAACAUUACUCAUCUAUUCAAUAUCAUAUGCUGUGGUGCUGGUUAUGUUAGUUCUGUACAUUCGCUUUUCAACAAGUCUGCAUAAAUAUGAAAAAGUAGCUCAAGACAGUGACGUGGAAUGACAACGAUAACGACAGAAAAAAAGCUAGAGUAGAGAGAGACUGGAUACCUCUGUCAGCGAAUUAAGCACGAUGCAUAAAUUAUACAAUGGGCUAAUUACGUAUUCAGUUUACAAGACACACUUUUGCUAACCUCUUAUCCAAUUUUCGUUAUAAUUGAACCACAAUUUAAUCAAUUUGUCCUUGCCGUGCAAUGUUCCAUUAGUCUCACAAAUUGUCGUAUUAACACAACAGCAAUGUUGCAUGCAAUGUAGUAGAAACGUUUAACCAGUUAAAGUGCCAUGACCCAUCUCAAAUAUGAUUUUUCCUAUGUCAUAGUCUAUGAAGAUACGAUGGUCUGGGAAACUAAAUAGAAGUCAUUGUGUUAUGUUUUUGUCUAAGUUUCAUUGUAUUUUCGUAUAAUUACGUUAUCAUCCAAUUAAUGUGCGAGAAACUAUAUUGGAUACUGGCCUGCUAAUCUUCUCAUUCGUGUAAAUCUUAUUGAACAAUAUUGAUAAAUAUGAAUUGAUAUAUUACUGUCAAAUAGUCUCCCAGACUGCAGGAAUUUGCCAUUCCCGAGAGCUUAGUGCGGAUUGAAAAUAUUAUUGAACUGUUCUUCACUACAAGAUAUAUUCCAUCGGAAUAUUCUAGAAGCCAAGAUCAAAUCCUUUCUAUUAUAAACGUAAUUGUAUUAUUCUAGUAUUCCUAACACAUGUAUGUGUCAAGCAUUACAAAUAUAGACUCGUAAAAGUUAAAAUAUCCUGCAAGCAAGUCAGGACGAAAAUUGGUGGUUUUUAGGCUAACCGCGUCAAAGUACUCGCCUGUCGGAGUCCUGAUGCAGGUACUAUUGUUUUGGGACGAUCCCCCCCCCCCCCAACCGCAAUUCGAUAUGUGUUUAAUUUGGCAGAUUUAAAAAUUGCUUCUUAUUACAAAGAUUCGGGCUUUCAAAAUUAGCAUUGAAUUCAAAAGGAUACUCUAUCCGAUGCUACCCUAUUGCUUUGUAUAACGUGGGCCAGUGGCCUUCAUAUGCGGUAAUUUGAAUAUGGUAAUGUCGUCGUCAAGGGCAAUUAUCACGGCCUUGUUUUGCAAACAAAGAAAUGCAAUGCCAAUGAGGCAUGGUUAUCACCAAAUAUAAAGUUGAAAAAAAUCCGACAACUGUUUGUUCCAAAAAUGCAAUAACUAUAUGUUCCAAAUUUUUACAUAACUAAUUGUUAGUGGGCAUCGCCAAUUUAAUCUAUAAGAGAUGAUUUUUGACACUGAGAUUAUUAAAAUAGGUCUUGUGCGAAGUCUGGUUCGCGCAAUGGACCAUUGACAUCAUGCAUCAGUUAUUGUAUUGAGAUAUAAGUUUGACGACCCCUUAAAAAUUGGGAACAUAGCACCCUGUGAAGCAAUCUCGUACCCACGGCUGAAAAGCCUGGGAACGAGGUUGCCUGUAAAGCUUUGUAAAGCUGUUCAAACUAGUUUAGGACGUUUCAAGCUCACACGAUUAGCGAAAUUCACGAUUAACAUAACAACCAACAUACUUUACAUGCAUAUUAAAAUUAGAGGUCUGAAGUCACAAUAAAGUCAUUACGCUUCAGUGACGCGCAUGCAUAUCAGAUUCAAUAGGGCUGGACGCGAACGUAAAAUAUAUGUCCAUUAUCAUGGUCAAAUUCUCGCUAAAAGCUGUCGCUCUAAAAUGGUAUUUCUUCAGUUGUCCAGGAUCAGUGGGACUGUUCGUUGAAUGUUUUAAUCUUUUUAUGAAACAACUUGGUUUCAACCCAGGACAAAUUGGAUUGACAGCACUGUUCGGAAUACAGCAUCUACUCAUACCACUGUGUCUGCUGUUCGGGGAGAAAUUUCGAGCAAGAAAGAUUGUCGCAGUAUGUGGUACCUUGGGAGCAUCAGUAUGUUGUAUGUUACCACUUUUAUCCCUGGUUGUACCAGCACUUCGGCCGACAUGCUAUACCAAACCAUACAUAGCAUUCAAGUCUGCUAGGAAAGCGAUACAACUUAGAAACGGAACAGUGCAUUUGAACUAUUCAAGCUAUGCAGUCCGCAGCAACAAGAAGCACUUUACAUCGACAAAGUCUCUUAAAGCGGUACAACAACAUAUCUUCAUUAAUAGCUCGGUCGAUAUAACCGCCAAUAACCCAUCUGCCUUCAUGAUCCACCAUACCAUUUCUCAUUUGCCAUUGAACAGCCCACUGAAAACCGUGUCAGUGCAUUCGAAGAAUUCCAACCCUACUAGAACCGGCAUAACCGACUCGAAACCACACCAUUCCAAACCAUAUUUAACAUCAACCCACACUCCAUCAAUACAACAAGUUUCCUCGCGCCAUAAUGGCCAAAUGUUCUCGAAGUACUCGAAGCAAAAAACACGCCUAUCUGUCUCUAAGAUUCACCAUUCCUCAAAAUUUAACAACACCUUAUCUACACAACGUAUCCGACGGAGUUCUAUACCUUCAAACUAUUCCAACAAUCCAGCCAAACCCUCCUCCAAGACUCACAAUUCACAGUCUUCGCUAAGUGUUUUAUUUCUAAUACUGAUAAUCUCAAGAUCUCUGACGCAGUUUUUUGAUCGUAUAGAUCUAUCUUUAGCAAACCUAGCCACAAUGACUUUCAUUCAAGGAGGAAACGGGAGUUAUGGCGUUUAUCGUAUGUGGACCUAUAUAGCAAGCGCUCUUUCUAUUCCAUGUGUCUCUGUGCUAGCUUGGUACAUUCGGAUAAAUAUCUGUGGAGUUGAGAAGUAUGGGUAUUUCAUAGCUUUCAUAUGGGGAGGAAUUAUGUUCUUACUUUCGAUGCUAUCUCUUCCUUGGUUUAAGUUUGAGUACGAGAAAAAAAAAUUCACCUGGUCUGGAGUUAAAUCUGAUGUUUUUAAUGCGCACUACAUUUUUAUGUUCGUCGUUCUGUUUUAUGCCGGACUGUGCAUAGCGUUUCAAUCCUAUUGGGAGUUUUGGUACUUAGAUGGAUUAUCUGCAAGCCCGUUAUUAAUUGCCGCUGCAGGUUUAGUGAGAAGGCCAACAGUAGCGAUCUCUGCGUUUCUUUCAACUCAUGUGAUAAGAAAGAUUGGUGAAUUAAAGACGAUAUGUGUGACAAUGUUUCUUUAUGCGUGCUCGUAUUUUGCGCUGUCGUUCGCAAGACUAGCUUGGUUGGUUGUCGUGAUUGAUACAUCUCAAGCGGUUGCUCUUGCUCUCAAUUACUGUGCAUUCACUGCAAUUUUCUACAACGCUGCAUCAAAAGAAAACUCAAGUAUGAUCCUCGGUAAGUGGUAACCAGCGCAUCCUGAUGUGACCAGACAGCAUCGUCUCUUAAAUAUCUAUGAUGCGUAUCAUCAUGCAGGUCACUUUUACGUGCGUGCAUAUCAUACAGACACAUUAAUAACCUAACCCCCUCCCCCCCCCCAGAAUAUGGGCCACUGAUCUAAAAAUUAUGGCUGGAUAAAGUAUCCUUUUGUAUUCAAUCAGUCAAUUUUUAAGUCAGAAUAUUUAUAAUGAGAUGUGACUUCAAAGUCUGUCAAAAUUUUCGGCAAAUUUGCUGCAUUGUCAAGCAAAUGUCUUUUCCCAUGUAACUUGCCCACACCAAAAUGGCCGUCAUUGGCUUGAUUCAUGCCACAGAGUACUUACAUGCAGAGGUCUCACUUCGGGUUAAUUUUGCGCAAGGGAUUUUUCAGUCCGCAAUGUUCUCAGCCAGUGCCCUAAAGACACCGCCCUGAAAACAAAUUGAAAUUUAAUGUUCCAGGGGGGUGAAUGCCUCUCUUUAAGACACUUGCUAAGAACAUAGCCGCCAGAUAUACGCCGUGAAAACUACUUACGGUUUUCCCGCAGUGAGAGCUCUAUAUGACGUACUCUGUGGUCCAGCACUAGUCUUGAGAUCAGUGAUGUGAGGUAAUUUCCUCCUGAAUUAUUAAUGAUUUGAGAUAAUUGGUUAAAAAAUUUUCAUGCUGCUUUUAGGCCUACAAGAGACAGUUUACGCUGUAGCAUUUGAUGCCGGAUCGAGUCUGAUGGGAGUUCUUUUCCACACCUUGGGCACACAGCUAGCAUUGCUCAUCUAUUCAAUAUCAUCUGCUGUGGUGCUGGUUAUGUUAGUUCUGUACAUUCGCUUUUCAACAAGUCUGCAUAAAUAUGAAAAAGUAGCUCAAGACAGUGACGUGGAAUGACAACGAUAACGACAGAAAAAAACCUAGAGUAGAGAGACUGGAUACCUCUGUCAGCGAAUUAAGCACGAUGCAUAAAUUAUACAAUGGGCUAAUUACGUAUUCAGUUUACAAGACACACUUUUGCUAACCUCUUAUCCAAUUUUCGUUAUAAUUUAACCACAAUUUAAUCAAUUUGUCCUUGGGCAAUGUUCCAUUAGUCUCACAAAUUGUCGUAUUAACACAACAGCAAUGUUGUAUGGGAUGUAGUAGAAACGUUUACCUAGUUAAAGUGCCAUGACCCAUCUCAAAUAUGAUUUUUCCUAUGUCAUAGUCUAUGAAGAUACGAUGGUCUGGGAAACUAAAUAGAAGUCAUUGUGUUAUGUUUUUGUCUAAGUUUCAUUGUAUUUUCGUAUAAUUACGUAAUCAUCCAAUUAAUGUGUGAGAAACUAUAUUGGAUACUGGCCUGCUAAUCUUGUCAUUCGUGCAAAUCUUAACAAUUUUAAUAAAUGUAUUCAUUGAUAUUACUGUCAAAUAGUCUCCCAGACUGCAGGAAUUUGCCAUUCC